AUUGGAUUGACAUUUACUGCUGCAUUAUUCGCCGGAACUGUCAUCUCGGUAGCAACGGUAUGCCUUGGCAUCUUGCACAUAGUCUAUGUAUCAUAUUAUGUGACGCAACGAUUUCGGCGGGCUUUCAUCGUUUAUUUAGCUGGCACAGCACCGUUCGUCUCAGCACUAUCCUUAGUUGCAAUGUAUAUGCCACGGGUUUGGUUUCUCGCUCAUCUGCUUGGGUUUCUAUAUUUUUCAAUAGCAUUGUGGGUGAUCAUAUGUCUAUUGAUGAAUAUUUUCGAAGGGCGACAAAAAAUGGUGAAGAAAAUGAAAGUCGGUUGCCCAGCAAUUAGUGUACAAACACCACCAUUCUGUUGCGUCUUUCCGUGUCUUCCAAAAUUCGAACUUGAACAGCGUCGGAUUCGUUUUUGUGAAUUAAUGGUUUUUCAAACACCAUGCAUCAGGCUUAUUUUUACGAUUUUUAGUCUGGUGCUUUAUUUCGAAUAUCGCGACGGUGCUUUCAUUGCCUUGAAAAUUCUGGAUUUUAUAACACUCCCUUCGUUGCUCAUCGGAAUUUAUGGGACACAUAUACUUGUAACAACUGUUUCAGUACUAGAUGAACUGAUGCCUUACAGAUACAUAGUGGUCUUCCGAUUACUGGAUUUCUAUUUCAUGUUUUUUGGCAUCCAACAACCAAUUUUUGAUUUUCUAGCUCGGGCUGGUGUAUUCGGCUGCGGCACCGUACUACCUUCGCUUGAAACCGCAUUCUUUUGGAAAAAUUUGGUGAUCGUUGUUGAGUCAUUUUUCGUUUCACUUAUCUCAACGGUGCUGCUGAAACCAUCGCGAAGCGCAUUCUUCGACAAAUAUCAGCCCAAUCGAAGUGGUGCAUCGUCAGUGAUUACACGUGAAAGUAACACCUAG